AUGCCAGUAAGAACAGUAGAGGAAAAACAGCUCAAUGUCCACAAUUUCUUUCUGAUAAAGCACAUUGUGGAUGAUAGGGAAGCCAAAGAUGAAUUGAAUUUGAUUGGAACCAUGGUCCAGCAUGUGUUCAGAGGCAAAGAUGCUAUGGAAGAGGAUGUCUUUACCUCCAAAAAUUACCAUGAUGCCGUGGGACGUAUUGCUGAGGACACUCAAAGUCAUUCCUUUGGUUUUGGAUUGGCGGCGGGGGGUUCCAAUCAUUCCACGGAUCUCAACUCACUGGACACCUUGGAUCAUGCUGAUGCCAAAGAAGAAACCCCCAUCAUGUUCAAAUAUCGUUUCAAUGAUGCAAAAGCAGACAAACAAAAUCUCGACUUGAGACGCACGGAAAUCCAUGAGACACGAGACUUGGGCAAGGACUAUCGACAUACCUUACAAGUCAAAGCACCCUUGGAAUUGGAUGUUGUAUUUGAUGCCUUUCCCUUCAAAGUCAAGACUGCUACCUUAAUGAUUGAAUUGUCUACCUUUACCAGCUCGGAUUGCAAAACUCGACUGAGACCCAACAUUAUUGUCCACCGCAAGGAAAAACGCAUCAUGUUUGGGAUUCAAAAGGAUCCCAAUGCUUCCUCCAGUAAGAAGAGUAAGAAAAUACAUCCAGCGGUGGCUGUCUAUCAGAGUUUGAGUGGCAGAGAAACUGCCCUCUUUGAACAAGCCAAGGAAAAGAUUGAUAAGUCGUAUGUUUAUGACUUUGUCUCGCCCUUUCCCAACAUUACGUAUUUGUUUGACAACAGUGCCAAGAAGUACUGUCCCAAAUACUCGAUUCAGUUUUUAUUGGUGGAAGAUGGCAUGAAAAAGUUUUUUGAAAUUGUCUUUCCCAUGCUCCUGAUUGCGGCCAUGAACCAUUUGAAUGUCGUCAAUGCCGUCAAGGCCAUACGGAAUGGCAAUGAGAUGGAAGUGGAAGCAGUGGAUUACCUAAACAAUUCGGCCACAUUAGCCUUGUCGGUGGUCGUAUUUUUGCCCACCAUGAUUGGGACCAGCCGAUUCCAUUCCAUAUUUCAAGUCAACAACUUGUACAUUUCCACCAUUUUUGUGGCCCUGGCCCUUUCCUCCUUGCCGUACGCCGUGGUGGAAACGACGAUACCCGCCCAAGUGGGAACCUAUCUCUUUUGGGCCAGUUUCUUGUUUCCAGUGGUCAAUGGAUUUCGAUUUUGGAGGUUUGUCCGGGCCCAUGAAGCGCCGUGCAGUCAUCACUUUAUGGACGAUGCUAGAGGCCGGACUUAUCCCCAACAAAAGUUCAAACCUUCGCCAGAUUCGGAUGUGAUGAGUGACUUUAUUUCCAUUGAAGAAUUGGUGAAUAAGAACCCAGCAACAAUUGCGUCCAUGGAUUUUCGCUUGGCAGAAGACCGAGGGAAAUUCAAGGUGCUGGAAAUCGACACUGCGUCCUUGGACUUGUAG